GUGAUGCUUCCCGGGUAGACAUUACAUACCACUACACAAAAAAAGAAAGUGGACCAGAAUAGUAGGUGAUAAACCAAGGUGUAUACAGGCAGCUGUUUAUCUACGACAUGUCUACCAUGACAAUAUAUUCACCCUACAAUUCCGGCUUAUCUCGGGAGCUCCAUCGGGCUGUUCCUCGCCCUGAACCAUCUUCUAGGGAAGGCGAGAAAAUUUCUCUACCCUCUAUCAGACAGGCCUUCCCCGAUUUUGAACGGCAACUGCAACAAGACUUUGUAGCUACGACACGGCCUUCCGUACCUAGCCCUGCUCGGAGGUCAUUUAGUGGCGAAAUAACGCCUCCAGAAUAUACACACUCAUCUGUCUAUUAUAAGAGAAACUUCGAGGAUGGAAGGGAUGCUGGGAGGACAAUCUCGGUUCCAAGGUUAUGCACCAGUUCGAGUAUAAGCCCUUAUCGAUCGGCGUCACCGCCUCCUGGUCCUAGGACAGAUAUAGAAGCAUGGAAGAGAAGCACACCUACAUAUCGACCCUCUGGCUAUCACCAUGGUUACCAUCAUCCCAAUAGAGUGCAGUCACUUUCUCUAGGGUCUGCCCAUCCCUUUGACCGCCCGUCGAUGUAUUCCCCAGUGCAGUCGCCCAUAGGGUACGGUCAUCAAUACAACGAUAGCUACAUGCCGGUUCGCGAUAUCGCCAUCGGAGGACACUAUGAAGCAAAGCAGCGGAAACGACGUGGGAAUCUACCAAAGGAGACAACCGACAAACUGCGCGCCUGGUUUCAUUCACAUUUAUCACACCCAUAUCCGACAGAAGAGGAAAAGCAACAAUUAAUGAAGCAAACCGGAUUACAAAUGAAUCAGAUAUCCAACUGGUUUAUCAAUGCGAGACGACGACAACUACCCAACAUGAUCUCGAAUGCCCGUGCUGAAGCAGAUGCCAUGACUGUGCGCGUCGCGGAGAAAAAUCUACUCCCUUCAACCGAACGAAACGAUUACGAUGCAGACGGCAGACUGUUAAGCGAUGAAGACGUUGGUGCACCCCACGACGUCCAAUUAGAGUCUUUCAAGCGACGCAGAGUCACGGGUAUCAACCGAGGCAGUAUAUGACAAGCUCAUGCUCCCCUUGCAAGAGGGCUGUCUUUGUAUUAUGACUAAUUUUACGGAUUGUGGUGGUUUCACAUUGCAAGACUCUACCAACUCUAUUCUCGACCUACUCUGUUCUCGAGAACAAAUUGGUUGGUACGAGCUGGCCUUGGACAUUUCUUCCAGCAGCAUUUUGUAUAUGAAAUUUAAGUACUGGUUGGGUUAU